ACGGGGGAGAACAUGGGUCAAUAGCACAAGGAGCGCCUAGGAAGUCCCGUUCGUCCGCACAAUGUAUAAAUACUGUUUCUGACGGGAUGAAAUUAUCAUUAACUCAAAAUAUAUCGAGGGUUAAGCUUCUAUUAAAUCUAUUACGACAAAAUGCAGUCCCUUUAUACACUCUCUGCGGUUUUCCUCGUGGCUGCGGUUUCAGCACAAGACUAUCAACUGGACCCCGACGAGAUAGUUAUCCCCUACCCCGAAUGGUACGUGAGCAACGCGGAGCCUAGACAUCGCCGUGACGUCACUUACGACAAGAAGAUGGGGGACGGCCGCGUCUUCGGAACACUUGGACAGAACGACAACGGAUUAUUUGGUAAAGGUGGUUAUGAGCACCAGAUCUUCAACGACAACCGCGGCAAACUAGACGGCCAGGUGUACGGGUCUCGUGUGUUGGGGCCCGAUGGUGGGUCGUCCCACUUCGGCGGAGGACUUAACUGGAAAAACCCCAACGCUGCUGCUUCCCUUGACAUCAGCCGGCAGAUUCACGGAGGAACUUCUUACCAAGCUGCAGCUGGUGGCAGGUGGCCGGUGGGUAAGAACGGUGACUUCUCACUACAAGGGACAUACGGCCGCGCGGCGGGCAUGCCACGCCAGUACGGCGGACUCGCUAACUUCAACUACCGCUGGUGAAUUGUGACGGCGAUUAUUAUUUAUAGUAUUACUAUUGAUUUUCAAUAAAAUUUGUUUUAAGUUCA